UAGCAAAAAUUUCUAAACGCAUUUGCUUAUUUUCCAAGAUAAAAUAAUACAUUAUUCAAAAUGAGUCUAAAGACUGUUUUAACCCCACCUAAGCUCAGUGGGCAAGUGGAAAAACGCAGUACCUCUAGUUAGGCUGUUACUAUAAAGACAAAUACCUCUCACCUCUACUACUCUCAGUCGGUCACUGCUUUUUUUCCUUGCUCUGCAAUCUUCUUUCCACUUUUAGUAUAAAAAAGUUCACGUUUUCUAGCUAUUUGUAAAGCUCUCGAAUCUUCUUCAUCACGGGCAAAACUAUGUGAAUAUGUAAUCAUCUCUACAAAUUUCCGUGAAGUUUCGCUCGUUUUUUUCAAAUCAAGUCUUCUAAAAUCUCCUUGUUCUGUACAGGUACAUUCUGGUAGAAAUGUGUAAUUCACUCCGUAGCUAGGGUUUUAUACAUCACAUUGACGAGGAAAAAGCUUAUUAUCUUUUCCAAGUGUCAUUUUGACUCGCUCAUUGUUUUCAUAAUCUGUACGUACGUAGUGGAAAGUUAUUCGCAGAAACUAUACGAACUUGUACGGACUGUGUAAAUUUGUGCUGUAACUUCAGAAUGAGUGUGGAAAUUGAAGAAUGGAGCUCAGAAGAGCUGUUGGAAUCGGAGGCCACUACAGAGAUCUUAAAAGAGUCGAGGCUUACGUACAGAAAAGCAUUCAUGUUAUCAUUGUCUAACCUGCAAACUUGUAAGGAUUUACCAAAGGAUUUUGAUUCAUCAAUUUUACGAGAUUUGAGGAUCACGUACAGUAAAACAUUCAUGUUAUCAUUGUCUAACCUGCAAAUUUGUAAAGAUCUGCCCGAGGAUUUUGAUUCAUCAGUUUUACUCGAACUUGAUGGUGUAUCUGAUUGUAAGCUGGGAAUGCAACAGACAUCUGCAAUCCUACCCUCAUAUGCUUCAAACAAUUGUUAUAUUGGCUCGUCACCUGCUCUUAGAUGUGAUUUGGUUUCCGAUUCUCGAGGAUCUUGUGGAAGAUGGGAAAAACAAUUUUCACUUUUGAACACAGGGAGCACUUCACAGGGAAGCUGUGAUUCUGAUUCCAAGGCGCAGAAUGAUUGCUCUGGGAUUUUCGGAUCAUUUCUUAGUAAGAGCAAGAAUCCUUAUCGUCCACCACAGUAUUACAAGGUUGGCAAUUCGGAUUCAUAUCCUAGCCAUUCAUCUAAAGGAACGAAGUCUCUGUCUUGUACUACUCAAGAGGAUGCACAAUUAAACAAUGAUACUCUUCAAGAUGAUGUAGUUGGGGAUAAAGGUUCUGAUGUUGUGACUAUUCACUGGAGCAAGCAGAUUCCGUACUUAUCUGAAGCCCAAACAUCUGUCAACAAGUCUGUGGAUGAGGAGAAGUCAAAGUGCAAAGCACCUGGUUCUAUUAAUGCUGCCAUUACUACUCAGCAAGAACAACUUGAUUCUGAAGCUAAAACACAAACUGCGAAUAUUAAUCCGGAAGAUGCUGAAAAAAGACAACUUGGAAAUAUACUAGAGAAGGAAGUAUCACCGCAACAUACUGACUUUCCUGGCAUUGAAACAAGAUGUUUGAGGGGACCGUGCCCUGAUAGAAUUGAGAGUGGUAGUCAUACAGUCAACAUUUUAGCAGAGGAAAGUCAUGAAAAUCUUAAACUUAAUCUGGAGUCCAAUGAAGAUUCUGAAACUGAAAUCAGCAAUGAGUUGCUCUCAGAUGAAGUAGUCUUCCCUUUGCAGGGAAAUUUGUAUGAGAAGAUUUCUAAAGCCGACAAGUUACAGUCCAAUGAAUUCUUCCUAGCAUCAGUUCUCGGCAAUUGUGGAGCUUUUGGGACAGAUGGUGAAGGCAUCAGGGAUUCUAUCUUUGAUUGUGAGCUUGAGUUGGAUGAGAUCGAGGAGAGUACAUCUGCUUUUGGUGAUUUUUGGACUGAAAUAUGGGCAAUUAUUCAUUUGGAGAAAGAACUUAAGUACGGUUACUCAGCUGAUACAGUUAACAUAACUGAAUCUGAAGUCCCACUACAUUUACCGGAUGAAGAUGAAUUGAUUUUAGUCAAUUAUCAGGAAGGCCCAAAAGAGCCCAAGAACCCUCCUGCAGACACUUCCACUGAUUUAGAUUUUCUGGAAGAUGAAAUCAAUUUGCCUGAUGAGGACAGUUUGAUUUCUAUUGACAAUCUAUUAUCCCUCACAAAGCAUUGCUCAGAGGUAGCUUUUGCAGGUAGAACUGAUAGAUUGAUACCUAACUUCACUGCUGACAACACUGGACACCGAAAAGUUGCUCAUUUUUAUGAGAAAUCUUUUCCACCUGGUUGGAAAGCUCUACCAUCUCCCAAUUUUUCAAGCUCUGCAACUCACCAGAAAUCAUUUCCUCAACAGAUCUUUUCUCAGACCCCGUGUUUCCGUGUAAAUCCAGAAAUUCCAACUUUCCAUCCAUUGGAUCUUUAUUUUACUGGCAAUGAUUUCCAGAACUUCAGAGAAGAACUUGUCCAUCAUUACCCUGCGGUAUAUUGGUACCCUUGGUCUAACAUUCAUCAUGAGUCUUCCAUGAAAACCGCACCUUCCAAAGAAAGGAAAUACGAAGAUCUUGAACAGUAUACAAUUUCACAUCAGCCAGAUAAUUUUCAUCUUCAGCAAAUGGAACUGCUAAGUGUGUCACCGACAGAUCCUAUUGAGCAAGUCGUUUACGAUGUUGUACAACAAUGGGAUGCUAUGCAACUAUUUCCUGAGAGUUAUCAACAAUUACACCACCCAGGAUUUAGUUUCCCAAUAUGAAGUGAGAUUAUCCAGAUGCUGCUGAUGUGCAACUAGAAGUAAAAAAGAAAACUUAAUUGCAAUCCAACUUCCACUGUCUCCAGCAAAGAAUGCGCCGUAGGAAUUUAUACAACAAUUGCACAAAUCUCAUUCCCUGCUGAAGUUUGUAAAUACAGACCCAUUUGGUUUAGACCGGAAAGCAAGUUGCUGGCACUUGUUUUAGUUGGGAAAGUAACUGACUGUAGGAUAACACAAUAUUCAUCAAGGUUUAAUAAAUCAAACUUCAGCUUUAAUCCCUGGAUAUCAGUAUUAAGAUCGAUACCAGUAUACGUAAACAUACUAUAAUUAACAGUUUCUGCAACUAUCAUGUUCUUUGUCUUCUUAAUCUUAAUUAUUCUUAACUAAUUUAUGGUUAGGUUAUCCGAUA